AUGGGCGGAACUGCGUUGCAAAACACAAGCAAGAAACGUCAGCAUGAGCCAGGAGAAGAUCAAGACAAGCGCAAACGUCGCAGGGGAUCAGCAACUUACCUAUACUGCGUUUGGUUUGCGUGGUACGCUCAAGAGCCGCGCAUCUGGCAGUCAGCAAUCUUCAAGCAGCAGAAGUCUGACGCCAAGCUCCUCGUAGCCUUCAUGAAGCUCUACGUGAGCGACGGGUUUGUGCUGGACACGACGGUGCCGGACUAUCGUGAUCAGGUCCUGACGCUGAGCAAGCAUGCUGAAGCACCUCCGCAUCCAUCAUCGUUCUGGGGUGCUGAACGCCAAGAUCGAGCGCCACCAGCGGCUUCUGCAAAGGACAGCCAUCCGAGAUCCCGCACCUGGAUAUACAAGACAUUCUCGAGCCAGUAG